GCUCACGGGUCUCGGCGCUCAUCUCCGUUCCUUACAUGCAUCGUUCGCAGCACCCCCACCAAGCACACAAUCCACGACCAUCGCCGCUUCCUUUCUGGUUCCUCAACGCAGUGCUCAUUCGAACAGCUCCUCAAGACCUCGAGAAAACAGUUAGCACGUGUCUCCUGGGAGGCUUUCAGCGCUCAGACAAAGGACCGUGGACCCAUCCUUCCCGCGGGAGCAGAUACAAUCACACAGCGCAGUCCGAGACCAUUCAAUUCACUCUUUCGCGCCUCGGACCAAGAUGCCGAACCCUCACUACGACUUCUUGAUCAAAUUGCUGCUGAUUGGCGACUCGGGUGUCGGCAAAUCAUGCUUGCUCCUUCGAUUCUGCGAUGAUGCUUGGACGCCUUCCUUCAUCACCACGAUUGGCAUCGACUUCAAGAUCCGCACAAUCGACUUGGAUGGCAAGCGAGUCAAGCUCCAAAUCUGGGACACAGCAGGCCAAGAGCGCUUCAGAACCAUUACCACCGCGUACUACAGAGGCGCGAUGGGUAUCCUGAUGGUAUACGAUGUGACGGAUGAAAGGAGUUUCAGCAACGUGCGAACCUGGCACUCCAACAUCGAACAGCAUGCUAGCGAAGGUGUCUCAAAGAUUUUGGUGGGCAACAAGGCAGACUGGGAAGAGAAGCGGGUCGUUACUACAGAGCAGGGUCAAGCACUGGCAGAUGAAUUGGGUGUUCGCUACGUCGAGACGUCCGCCAAGACGAAUCAAGCUGUGGACGACGCCUUCAUUGCGCUCGCCAGGGACGUCAAGUCGCGCGUCAUUGACACGGCGGCCGGAUCCGCUUCGAGCGGUGGUGCUGGCGCAAACGAGAGUCAAGGCGUGAACGUCAAUGCUCAGCAGCCAGCAAGCUCGAGCGGAUGCUGCGCUUGAGAGGAAGGAUACAAGUAAUUUGCAAGUGUACAGCUGUGAAAUUACCAGUCCUCAGGUCUGAGAUUCGUUGGCCGAGACCUACAUAUAACCCCUUCAUUGACUUGCAGCUCGGGCGACUUGGAUAAUGUACAUGGCUUUGGCUUUCCUCUCCAAGCUGACGUGCUGCCUGCGCAUACGUUGCACUCACUUCAUUCUCUAACUAGUCCGCACAAGCGCAGCAGCGAAGAUACAGCGCUGAUCGAGCAUGCAACGUCUCCAAAGGUCCAUUAAGAUCGAAAAAAACGUAGCAGCAGGGACCCUGAGCUUCAUUACAGAUGUCUGUGCAGACGAUGCGUUUAGGAGAAUGUGCCGUAAUCAAUCUUGGCCAAGUGUACGCGGCUCAUUU